AUGACGACAGCAUACGAGCCUGGAAAUGCUGACAUUAUGAAACAACACCAUGGAGAUAUUAUCUACGAGCCUAGCGGUUUUGUAAAAAAGAUAUACAGGAAAGAUGCCAAGAUCCAUCAAGCAAUUGUGAACACUUAUACUGAUAUGUGGAAAGCCGAUAAAAAAGAUGCGGCAAACAGAGAAGAAAACAUCGAAAACAGACUGGAACAUGCGCAGAUGAUGAGAUGGGGCGAAUCCUUCCACUUUGCCCGUUUAUUCAAAGGCGAUACUUUUGAACAAUCAAUAAAACGGCAUGAGCAAUAUCUAUCUCUCAAGUUAGGAUUAUCUCGGAACAGCAGAACACUCGAUGUUGGUUGCGGAGUAGGCGGUCCUUUACGAGAAAUUGUCAGAUUAUCGGGUGCGCACGUGACUGGUCUAAACAAUAAUGCUUACCAGAUCGAAAGAUGUAAGACUUACUCGAAGAAGUUUGGUUUGGAAAGUAUGACGGAUUUUGUAAAGGGCGAUUUCACUAAUAUUCCCUGCGAACUUUACAAUAAAUUCGACACCGCAUAUGCUGUCGAGGCUACUGUACACUCUCCGAAACUUGAAAUAGUUUAUGGAGAGGUAUUCCGUGCGCUGAAACCAGGCGGUUUGUUUGCUGUUUAUGAAUGGGUCACCACAUCGAUAUAUGACGAUAACAACCCCGACCAUAGGCGCAUUAUCCAUGGAAUAGAGGAGGGUAAUGCUGUUCCAAAGUUGAGUUCGUACAUACAAGCGCUCGAUGCUGCAAAGAAAGUCGGGUUUGAAAUUGUGGAAUACGAAGAUAUGGCAAUAUUGGAUGAAUGUCACGAACCUUGGUAUAACACUUUAAAAGGCAAAUUUUCUCUUACCGAUUUCAAGAUGACGCGCAUUGGCAGAUGGACUACACACAAGUUUGUCGCAAUGCUCGAAUUAUUGGGGAUUGCCGCGUCUGGUUCCACCAACGUAUCGUCAGUUCUCAUGAAUGCUGCUGAUGCUCUGGUCGAAGGAGGUGAAACGGGAAUAUUUACGCCAAUGUUCUUCAUACUACUUCGGAAGCCCAAAGAUGCGUAG